AUGGCUCGCUCCCGUGCAGCUCCUCGUACCAGCGGUGGCAGCAGCCGCCACGCCUCCGCCGCCGCACCGCACCCGCCACCGAAGGCGGCGGCGCCGCUCCACCAGUCGACACCCCACCCGCAGGCGCAGGCACACCCGCAGCAGCCGAACGGCGUUACGAACAUUUAUGUGCAACGUCCGAUGGCCGGCGGUGGCGGCAGUGGCAUCCUCGGCACGAUGGCGGCCGUCGCCGGUGGCAGCGUGCUGGGCCACGGCAUCAGCAACUACCUCUACGGCCACAACAACCAGGCGCCGACGCAGCCUGCAGAGGCGCAGCAGCUGGCGCAGGCCGCGCAGCAGGAGGGGUACGCCUGCACGCCACAACUUGUGGGCUACUCCAAGUGCCUUGAGGCGAACCCCGAGUCCGCCGACGGCUGCAAGUGGGCGUGGGACUACUUCACGCAGUGCCAGAGCGAACACCCGAUGCCGCCGCCCCAGGCGUAG